GUCAGGGUGCUGUGAGCGAGCAGCAACCCCAAGCUGGUGAACAGUUCACGCAAAGUUGCCCUGUGACCUAAGAAGAUCUUGAAUCGGGUUUCGUCAACAAAACAACAACAACAAUAAAUGACGGUGACGUCACACGCGGACACCCACGGCGAUGAUUCGACUCGUCGCCACCGCUCCGAGUUGAACCCCGCGCACUCGAAGAGCGCGCACCGCCCGCGUCGCUAGCGGUGCCAGUCUAGGUGCACCCUCAAGGCCGCGAGGCAGGAGGAGGAGGGUAACGCGAAACAGACCCCGCAGGUGCCAUGGGUUGAGUGGCCGAGACGAGCGGCUGAUGCACCAACACCUGUGGAGUGCCAUCCCUCACCCACCCCACCCCGCACGCCAGCCCCUCCACCGUGCCAACUCGCCGCGUUUUAUCCGCCCGCGGGCUCCCGGCUCGUUGUUGUGAGCGACGCUGCUCCACCCCCCUCGCCGUCUGCCGGAGGGCGAUUUCCCUGCAACUGCCCACACAAGGCAAAGAUCCCCCGUAUAGCCUGCAAGGAGCUGUCGGGGCAAGUGCUGUGACGCCCACAACACACAAGACAAAGAUCCCCCGUAUAGCCUGCAAGGGGCUGUCGGGGCAAGUGCGCGCACACACACACACACACCCCACACCCCCACGAUGUUCUACAACUGCUCGGACGUCGACUGCAGCGCUGCCGUUGGCAUCGGCGGUGUCGGAGGAGACGGUGGAGGUGGAGUAGGUGGAGUAGGUGGAGGUGGUGGAGGUGGUGGUGGUGGCUACACUCCAUCGGUGCGGCAGGAGGUCGAGCAUCAGGAGCAGGAGCAGCACCCCUCGGGCUCGCUGGCCACGCAGGUGUCGCUGUCCAUCGUGCUCGCCCUCGUCACCCUGGCGACGGCGCUCGCGAACGCUUUCGUCAUCGCCACCAUCUGGCUGAGCCGCAAGCUUCACUCGCCCGCCAACUACCUCAUCGGCUCGCUCGCCUUCACCGACCUCCUGGUCUCCGUGCUCGUCAUGCCCCUGUGCAUCGUGUACACGGUGAGCGGACGCUGGACCCUGGGGCCGGUGCUGUGCGACGUGUGGCUCUCGUCGGACAUCACCUUCUGCACGGCCUCCAUCCUGCACCUGUGCGUCAUCGCGCUCGACCGCUACUGGGCCAUCACCGACGCGGUGAACUACGCGGCCCGGCGCACGUGGCGGCGAGCCGGCGCCAUGAUCGCCGUCGUGUGGGUCAUCUCGGUCUCCAUCUCGCUGCCGCCGUUCUUCUGGCGCCAGGCGAAGGCCGAGGAGGUGUUCGAGUGCGUCGUGAACACCGACAAGAUCCUCUACACGGUCUACUCGGUGUGCGGCGCCUUCUACCUGCCCACGCUGGUACUCAUCCUCCUCUACGGGAAGAUCUACCACGCGGCGCGCUCGCGCAUACUCUUGCAGCACCACCAACACCACCCGCACCACCCGCAGGACCACCACACGCCAAGGCAGCAGCAGCAGCAGCAGUGGCAGCAGCGGCGGCGGCAGCGGCACGAUGGGCCGCGCGGCAAAGGCAAGAAGGUGGCGUGGAUCGGCAGCUCCCUCGGCAAGAGGCUCGCGUCGGCCAGGUUGCUGGACGUGAUGACGUCGCGGCCGCCCGUGCGCUCGGAGGGCAUGCGGCAGCAGCAGCAGGAGCAGCAGCAGACGCAGGAGGUGCUCAAUCAUCAUGAUAACCAUCAGCACCACCAGCAGCAGACGCAAGAGGCCCUCAAUCAUCAUGAUAACCAUCAGCACCACCAGCAGCAGACGCAGGAUGCCCUCAAUCAUCAUGAUAACCAUCAGCACCACCAGCAGCAGACGCAGGAGGCCCUCAAUCAUCAUGAUAACCAUCAGCACCACCAGCAGCAGACGCAGGAGGUCCUCAAUCAUCAUGAUAACCAUCAGCACCACCAGCAGCUCAUGCAGGAGGUCCUGAAUCAUCAUGAUAACCAUCAGCACCACCAGCACCACCAGCAGCAAACGCAGGAGGUCCUCAAUCAUCAUGAUAACCAUCAGCACCACCAGCAGCAGACCCGGCAGAUGCAGGUCCUCAAUCAUCAUAACCAUCAGCACCACCAGCAGCUGAUGCAGGAGGUUCUCAAUCAUCAUAGCCAUCAGCACCACCAGCAGCAGACGCAGGAACAGGAGGUCCUCAAUCAUCAUGAUAACCAUCAGCACCACCAGCAGCAGACGCAGGAGGUCAUCAAUCAUCAUGAUAACCAUCAGCACCACCAGCAACAGACGCAGGAGGUCCUCAAUAAUCAUGAUAACCACGAGCACCACCACCAGCAGACGCGGCAGAUGCAGGUCCUCAAUCAUCAUGAUAACCAUCAGCACCACCAGCAACAGACGCAGGAGGUCCUCAAUCAUCAUGAUAACCACGAGCACUACCACCACCGGUUACUGCUCAACUUGUAA